AUGGCGCCGGAAAAUCACGCCAGCUUCCAUCACUUCUCCCUUCUUCCGCCUGAGAUCCGCGACCAGAUCUGGCACGAUGCGCUGCCUGACGCGACUCGCCCGGCGCUGUUCCUCUACCAAAAAGGCUGCUGGCGGCCGCGUCGCCUCAUGCCGGGCGACGAAGACUACGAUGCCGUCAACGAGGAUUGCAAUCUCAACAUGGAGUUUGACUACAAACUGCUCACGCCGGCCCAGUACGACAUUCCAUUAGCAUUUGUCAAUCGCGAAGCUCGCCGCCACGCCCUCGGAUGGAUCCGCGCCCAGGGUUUGGACAUCCGCCACAAUGAGAACCGGCGACCGAGCUUCAUUCGCUACUUCGACCCUGAUCGGGAUGCACUCUAUGUUCCCACCGAGAAAUGGUGGGAGUUCAUCCGGGAGCCAAUUAAUCGCCAGCUGCAGCCCGACCUGGAAGGGGAGACCAUCAUGCUCAAGACCUUUGUCAAGCACCUCGCCGUGUCGGAUUCGCUGUUGCAGAUGAAAGCCUCGCUCGGAGGUGUUUUCGAGUACUACUUCAAACUUGACGCAUUGUACGUCUUCAAAGAGAAGGCGCUGGCGGCCGAGUUCAGCCGUGGCAGCUUGAAGAGACACCAGGUCUAUGAGUAUCAUCCCCUGCGGAGGGGAAUGUUCGUCUGGGAUGUUGGCCGAAGCAAAUUCCACUACGAAGAACACAAAUCGGACAGGGAGGAGCCGACGCAUCGUCUCAUCAAGAAGGCAGCUGAGCGACUGCGGAAAGAGCUCGCCAUUGAGGCGUAUGAUGGGUUUCAAAUUCAGCGGGCCAAGGUGCAUGCCAGGGUGUAG